AAGGUUCCGUAUAAGAAAACCUGAAGUACAAGUAAGUUCAGAAACAAAUGGCGGUUCUCAGCGCAAGUGCAGCGGCAACUGCACAAUAGGGGUGCGUAAUUUAUCUCGCAAUCCAUUGCUGGCUUCUCCAUCGAAGACAUGGCCAAUGCGAAUGGAGCUACAACGGAUCUGAGGGCGGAGUUUCUCAAUGUGUACUCGGUGCUCAAGUCAGAGCUCUUGAACGACCCUGCUUUCGAAUGGGCCGAUGCUUCUCGCCAAUGGGUCGAGCGGAUGCUGGACUACAAUGUGCCUGGAGGGAAGUUAAACCGGGGAAUGUCGGUUAUUCAUAGCUACAAGUUACUUAAAGAAGGAAAUGAUCUAACUGAAGAAGAAGUGUUUCUGGCUUGCACCCUUGGCUGGUGUGUUGAAUGGCUUCAGGCAUACUUUCUUGUCCUUGAUGACAUUAUGGAUAAUUCUCACACAAGACGUGGCCAACCAUGUUGGUUUAGAGUUCCCAAGGUGGGGAUGAUUGCUAUAAAUGACGGUAUCCUACUUCGAAAUCAACUCCUUAGGGUUCUCAAAAAGCACUUCAGAGAAAAGCCCUACUAUGUGGACUUGCUGGAUUUGUUCAAUGAGGUGGAGUUUCAAACUAAUGUAGGACAGAUGAUAGAUUUGAUCACUACUAUUGAAGGAGAAAAUGAUCUAUCAAAAUACUCAUUGCCUCUUCACCGUCACAUUGUUCAAUAUAAGACUGCUUACUACUCAUUUUACCUUCCAGUUGCGUGCGCUCUGCUCAUGGCGGGCGAGAAACUUGAAAACCAUGUUGAUGUGAAGGAUUCACUCGUCGAAAUGGGAAUCUACUUUCAAGUACAGGACGACUACUUGGAUUGCUUUGGCGAUCCUGAAAAGAUUGGAAAGAUUGGAACUGAUAUCGAAGAUUUCAAAUGUUCUUGGCUUGUGGUGAAGGCGCUUGAGCUUUGUAGCAAAGACCAACAGAAAAUCCUUCAUGAGCACUAUGGGAAGUCAGAUCCAGCUGAAGUUGCAAAAAUCAAAGAACUAUACAACGAGAUUAAUCUUCAACGAGUGUUUUCAGAAUAUGAGGACAAAACCCACAAGCGACUAACAAGCUCCAUCGAAGCUCAUCCUAGCAAAGCCGUGCAAGCAGUGCUGACAUCCUUCUUGAGCAAGAUAUACAAGAGGCAGAGAUAAGAUCAAGAGCUUUGAGUAUGAACGAUGAACGGCUACUUCAAAUCCACUAAGUCAAUAUUGAUAUGAUAUUGUCCGUUAAUUAAGUGUGACUUUUUUUGGGAGGUUUCGGUAAAUCGUAAAUUAAAAUACAAAUAAAAAAAGAAACCCCCCGAGACCUCCAGAUCGUGGG